CAUUUGUCGAGGCAGGCAACGGACUGCGGGUGUGUGGCUGGGCUGGCCGCAUAGGUACAAGAUAGGAUUUUUUCUGUGUUAUUACCGCAGUCUACCUUUCCUCUGUUCUCUGCCAUUUUCGGGCCGUAGUGGAUAGCAGCUCUAGGCAGAUUGGAUGGUGAUGCUGAGUACGCUUAUCUGAUUUGGCUAGGUCGAGGCCAGGGUGAUCUGGAACAGCGUGGCCAUAAGAGGGAGAGUCAGAGAAACCGCACUGGUCGUGAGUGCGUCCGUCUGUCGCGCUCUGUGGUUGUGAAUGGACUGCGCUUCAUCAGUGAUUCUCUGCAGUCACAUCGAGUCGUUUAUAGAGGAAGAUGGCGGACAGGGCUGAGAUGUUCUCUCUCUCCACCUUCCACUCCCUCUCUCCUCCAGGCUGCAGGCCUUCCCAUGACAUCAGUCUGGAGGAGUUUGAUGAUGAGGAUCUGUCUGAAAUCACAGAUGACUGUGGAAUAGGACUCAACUAUGACUCUGAUCCCUACGAGAAGGACUGUCUAAUUCUGGAGAAGAGCGACAUGCACCACCCUGUCUGCUCCUUCCAGGAUGACUUCCAGGAGUUUGAGAUGAUCGAUGACGAGGAUGAGGAGGACGAGGACGAUGAGGACGAAGAGGAGGUUGACCCUGAUGCCCUUCCUUCUCCCUCCGCUUCCCCUCCUCCUUCCCCCACUCUGGGCACGGGGAAGAGCCGGCCGACCACCCUGAAUCUCACCACCACUGUCUCACAGGAUGCUGCUGACAACUCCCCCCCCCCACUCUCUCAGGACUCGCUGAACAACAACAGCAGUCUUUCGCCAAAGAAGGGCAGCUGGCAGGACUCUCUACGCAAUCCCACCUCACAAGGCCGUCUGUCUCCAACCCACUCUUGUCUGGAGGAUGGGAGCCACGUGACUGGCCAGUGCCCCUCCCAACCAAUAAUCCAGGCCCCUGGGUCCCAGAGCAAAGGUACACCCCCCAAACAGACAGGGGAGGUUGGACACCCCCAGUCCCCCUGCAGACCCCUCCUCUGCGACAUGGAGGGCAACAGACGAGAGAGGCCCGAAUACGGCUCUUUCGGUCAACACCCAGGCUCUGACGAAGUCUCAGGUGACCCUUCAACUCUCACUUCCAGGGUGCCCUCCAUGGAGGACCACUCCCAGUGCUCUGAUACCGAAGUUGACCAUGACAUUAACAGCUCCAACCCCAACCACAAACAUUUGCGGUCCUGCACAUCCACCCAGCGACGCGCCACGGACACUUACACUGUCACCACUGAGUCCGGCCUGGACCAAGAGCUAGAGAAUGACCCGGACGGGACCAGCCGAUGCCUGUCCUCUACUGCUCCUAUUGGGGGGAACGACGGAGCUGACACCCCUCUGUCAGAUGAGGAACUAGACAAAGAUUUCGACGUAGAGUUUAUGUGCAAGGAGACCUAUGACAUGGUGUGUAAGGAGAACCAGAGUUCAGUCUACGUUGAGUUCCCCUCCAUCGAGCCUUCUGAGCUGGCUUCCUUCUCCAGCUAUAUGUCAUCCAGCCACUCCGAUGUUCUCGACCAAUCCCGAAGCAGUGACCAGAGUGAGCGUCCGGUUGCAGCCAAUGAGGUGGCCAACAACUCCACCUCUCCAUCCUCAGACCCGGGCAUCGCUGACAUGAAUGCCAAGAGAUGCUACGCCACCUCAGACCAAGAUCAGGACUUAAGUUCCCCCGGGUCGGACUCGGACAUCGAGGAGGAGCUGGAGGCAGCAUUCGCCUGUGGAGGGCCUCUAGUCUCCAACAUGAUCUCCUCCAUUUCUGAGACAGAGCUGGACCUGACCAGUGAUGACAGUAGUAGUGGACGCUCCUCUCACCUCACCAACUCCAUCGAGGAGGCCAGCUCGCCCACCUCUGACCAGGACCUAGACCCAGACACCGAGCUGGAACAGGACAGCGGCAUUGUGGGAAUGAAGGCGGCGCUCCUCCUUAGCCAGGCAGACCCCAUCAAAGAGUGCUCACCCCUACCCUCUCCUUCACCACUCCCCUCCCCCACCAUGGCAACCCCCUCCCCUGCCGACUCCCCCGUCCUGCCCCCGGAGCCCUAUGACGACGGCCAGGCUCUCAUGGGCUUACAGAACGUGGAUGAUGAUGCCUUGCUGUAUGGGCACCAAGCCGACCCUGAUGAGACCCUGCCCCCGGCCCAGCACUGCGAAGACAGCAUGUCCAGACAGAUGCUCCUUCAGAUAGAACCAGACCACGGCCUGGAAAGCUUCAAACGCUCUUUCUAUCUGCCAGUAGGACCUAGACUUAUGCCCGGUCACGCCGAUGACUAUGACGGCAACAGUGAGUCAGAGUCAGAGAGCGAGGACGAGCUGAGCGAGAAUUCAGAUUCUCCCUGGUUGCUAAGCAACCUGGUGAACAAGAUGAUCUCAGAGGGCUCUUAUCCAAUCAGCUGUCCCGAGGAAUGUUUUAAGAGAUCAGUGUCUGUCUCAGACACCAUCUCGCCUUCCUCAGACAUCGAGCCAGACACGUUCCCAGAAGCCACAAACAAUCGAGAGCAGAAAUUUGAAUUGAAAGGAUCGGUGGAGGAGAGCAAGGACGGGAAGGGCUUCAGGAAGGAGGGGAGGACGAGAGACCAGAGGGAUCAGAGUGAAGGGAAAGUCAACCCUCCCUAUGGACCGUGUCUUUACAUGAGCAAUCCCAAUGCUGACACCAUCAGACCUGUGAUUGUUGAGCGCUAUGGCAACAGGCAAUCCACGGAAAGCAACCAAACUCAGAACUCUGAGAAAGACUUUACCAACCCUAAGUCAGGCAAAAACACCAAGAGGAAGGAUGAAGAAGAGGAGGGUGAAGAUACAGUGGAGCCUGAUAACGACCUGAUGAUGCUGGAGGGCAGGAAGGAACUGGACUCCCCUAGCCUAAGUGACAAGGACGAAGGCCGCGAGACGGAGGCCAAGCCUAGCAGACGCUCAACAGCCUCCCUGGAACGCAUCACUACGGUCAAACACAGCCUGACCCUGGACAUCCCCACGUCCCAGACCAACAGAUGCUUCAGCCUCACCUACUCCACCGACAACGAUGAGGAAGAGGAGGAAGAGGAGGAAGAGGAGGGAGACUCCUCCCCAUUCCUGAGCUGCCUGAGGAAGCAGUCAUCCUAUGGCGGCAGCAACCAUUACCUGGACAGCUCCCCACCCAUAGACGAGAGCGUCCGGGACCUCCCUCUACCAGAGCAGGACCUCCCCCUGUCGGAGAGGGAAGUCCCUCUACAAGCCCUGCGGUCGCAGCCAGACCAUGACGGACUGGCGUACGACUCCAUGAAGUACACUCUGGUGGUGGACGAGAACACGACACUGGAGCUGGUCAGCCUCAGGAGGUGUACGUCUGUGCUGAGUGACGACAGUGAGUUAUCUACACUGUGUGAUGAUGAUCCCCUGGGGACGGAGGAGGUGGGGUACGUUCGGGAGAACGAAGGGGUGCGGCCAGAACUUCUCAGCUCAUCAGAAGACUCUUCGCCUGAGGCAGACAUGCACUUCUCCAAGAAGUUCCUCAACGUCUUUGUCAACAGCACCUCCCGAUCCUCCAGCACAGAGUCGUUUGGUCUGUUCUCCUGUACCAUCAACGGAGAGGAGAGAGACCAGACACAUAGGGCUGUGUACAGGUUUAUUCCCAGACAUGUGGAUGAGUUGGAGCUGGAUGUAGACGACCCUCUGUAUGUUGAAGAGGAGGAGGAUGACUACUGGUACAGAGGCUACAACAUGCGGACGGGAGAGAGAGGAAUAUUCCCUGCAUUCUACGCCCAUGAGGUCAUAGGGCAGCCCAAGGAGUUUAUGGGAGUAAAGAGGAAUCCCGCCUGGAUGGACAGUUUCAGUGUUCAGUUUCUGGGAUCUGUGGAGGUGCCCUAUCACCAGGGCAACGGCAUCCUUUGUGCUGCCAUGCAGAAGAUUGCGAUAGCAAGGAAGAGGACAGUCCAUGUGCGGCCCCCCUCUCUGUGUGAGCUUGAGAUCAGUCUACAAGGGGUUAAACUGGUGAUGAGUCUGGAAGACGAAUACGACACUAUGGAUGAGUUUGACAGAUGUAGUCACUUCUUCCAGAUGAAGAACAUCUCGUUCUGUGGAUGUCAUCCCAAAAACAACUGCUACUUUGGCUUCAUCACUAAGCACCCGAUGUUGAACAGGUUUGCCUGCCAUGUCUUUGUCUCCCAGGAUUCAAUGCGGCGCGUGGCAGAGAGUGUUGGACGGGCUUUCCAGGAGUAUUAUCAGGAGCACCUGGAGUACGCCUGCCCCACCGAAGACAUCUAUCUGGAGUAGAGGAGGCAGGAAGCAGAACAUGUUGCCAUAACUACCACCUCUUUCUUCCUGCUGCUGCUUGUGUAGGUUCAUGAAUCUUACCACCAGGUGGUGCUGGUGGCUCUUCAUCUCUCCACCAGGAGGGCGCUGGUGGCACUUCUCUCCAUUGUAAAAUACUCCUAUAUCUCUCAAAACUGGAAUGUUAAUUUCAGUAUGCAGUAUGCUAUGUUUUAUUUAUUAUUUAUUUAUCAUAUUUAUUUGUUUUCUGGAUUGCCUCUUUGAUAAAGAAAUAAGAGGCCUGGCACUAAUUUAGGUAUCAUGUAUCCUCAAAAAAACAACAACAAUUAUUCUAUUCCUACUGCUGCAACUUCACAUGGUCCAAUGCAUGGCUAGGAGGGUGACGCGCACAGACACAUAGACUUUUUAAGACACGAAAAAGGUCAACAGUGAAAAGUACACAGAUCACAUUAUUGGGUCAGGUGUGGUUUGGUGUAAAUAUGUAUUUGUUCAACAUCACAAACUGCUAUUCUACUGAUAGUGACAUUGGAAGUAGAGCGAGAGUACAGUUCUCUGUCUUGGUCCAAGCUAAAACCUGUAUUGUGUACAAGACAUAGUUUGUUCUGUAAAUAUAUGUAUAGGCAUUAGAUAAAUACAGACGUCUCAUCCGAACAAUGUAAGUAGCAUCCACAACCAAUAAACAGAAAGAGAUAAACAGGAAAAAUAAAUUGAUCUGAAAAUAGGGACGAUGUUUUAACCUAGUGGUAAGCAAAAGGUUUGUUGGGAACGACAUGUUGGAGUGAGAUUCCCUUUCACUGGUUGUGGUAUGGGGUGUAUGCCUGGGUCUGUUUCCCUUCCCCUAGCUUAUUCAAAGUCCACCAUCUUGAAAUUCAUAAUUUUUAAAUGUACUGGCAUCAAAUCUUUAAGCACGAGACAGAUGAAAAUGAGGUGUUGCGCCGCACUUUGCACUGCAACAGAUGUAAAUAGUGAUUCCAUCAUAUUUCUUUGCACCGGUCCAUAUCUCAGUGUGUGAACCCAGAAUACGAGCUAGGGUUAGGGAACAGAGGCCACAGUGGAAUGAAGGCUCUUCAUCAUGUUGGUCGAUUUGACAUUUAAAAGGUUCUGACUUGAUCUAAUAGUAAGACCUGCCCACCCAUUGUCCAGAACGGUCACAAUAGCUGUCUGCUUUUGGAGAACAGCUCCUCGAAUUAAAUCUCCAGUUAAAGCAGAGUGGCAGGAAGAGGUUUCUAUGGCAACAUGAGUGAUAAGAAUGAUUUAGAGCUUCUGGACUUUCAAUAGUAUUAUAGAAACAACCAGCGUUAUCUUUGUUUCCCAUCUGAUUUAAGUUUCCUGAUGUAUAGAUACCUACACAUCGUUAUAAUCACUCUAAAUAUCAGGUCAAACAAAGGAAGGGCCUCUCUAGGAGAUAUACUACCACAGCUCCAUAGUAACACUACUUUCUUAUAGAAAACACCAUUGUACAGGUGUGUGUGUGUGUGUGUGUGUGUGUCUGUGUGUCUGUUUGUGUUAAUGAGACCACUAAGAAUAAGGCCCGAUUGGGCUUGUUGACUGUCCAAGGCAAUAAGCACAGUAAAGUCAUGAAUGAGAUAAUGAAGACAGAAUGUAGUGGUGCCCUUCAUCUCGUGUCCCUCCAUUUUCUCUUUUAGAUGUGUCAAUUCUAAAACAAGUGCUGAGGGUUUAUAAUAGCUUUGUAAAAUGCUUACUUUUGGUCUGACUACCACGGUUUUAGAAGUUGACUUUACAAUGUCUUCUGCCUGAAACCUGAGAGGUGUACUUCACUAGUACUCCUAGAUUUCAUGACUAUACUCCUAGAAGUCAUUGGAAAUCUACAUGGGUUGAGAUGAUACAUUCUACAGUUGUCUUUUCCACUUCAAUUAGCAUACUGUAGCCAACAGUACAGCAUCAAAUGAGUCUAGGGGAACUGGGAAUCCCCUUCACCAGCUGAGUAUAGUUGCUUCUACAUCGAAAUACACAACUUCUUGUACUGCUUUUAUUCUUCAACAAAUAUUAAACAGCAAAGGUUUUUGGUGGAGAUGAUAGUAUUGUUGAUACACUGGUGAUGAGCUGAGUCAUGGGACCUUCAGGCUGACCGGUCUGUUAGUGACUGGGGUGUAAUUAGGAGAAAGGAGUGGAUGCAGUCUCAUCGUGUAUCGCUGUUGGUUCGAUCCUGUAAAUACUAGAGUCCAGAAGACAGUGUCCUUAACUGAGUAUGUUAUUGAAAAUGUCAAAUGACUAAUUCACAAAAAGUUUACCACAAGAAAAUCACAGUCGAAGAGAACAUUUUUAUCUGUUCUUGUUUUUCUUUGAGCCUGUUGCGUUUAACCUGACAGCAAUGUUAAAGAAAAGCCUAGAACUAUAUCCAACACAUUGGACAACAACUUGGGGAGGAUCUCUACACUUUUCUACAAAUACAGGAAACAUGAAUGCAGAGUUUAGAUGGAGUGUUAACAUUUUAACUUCCAAAAGCGGUAGUCUUGUCUGUUAAGUACAUUAGAAACCUGUUUUUAUUCAACCCGUACUUCAUGGUCGAAUUCCAAUGCCUUGGCUUUUUUCAAUUCUCUAUAGAAAACAGAACCACACGUGGUGGUUCCCUUCGUCUUCACAUCAACCACUAAGGUGACAUUAUCAGUUCUUGACAUUCACCCCACCGACAUGCUUCAGCAGCACCCCUUUUAGGCAUAUGUGGCAUGUGACAUCAUUAUGGGACACUUUGACCUUGCUGAUGAGACACAACAACCCAGGCACUGGCCAAUCCACCGAUAGAACAGAGGUGUUGCGAUGAACCAAUUAAAACAGAGCUUUUAGAGUCAGCUUUCAUACAGAAACCUGUUUCUUCUUAUCAAUGCAGUCCAUUGCUUUGAGCUCCAGCUGUGCUCCAUCUCUUACCUGUACCAGUUUGUUUUGUGUCUUUGUUUUUUCUAUCUUGUAACAGCUUAGUUGAGGUCCGUCUAUUUUCCCUGAUAGCUACAUUACACCAACAAACUCCCAGGAUAAUCUAGUCUUGUAUAGCAGCUCAGAUAUCAAGUUAACAGUUAAUAUAAACUUUGGACUUUAAUACAUAAACAAGAUUCUUCACUGUAUAACUAGAGCAUCAGUAUGUGACAGAAAUAAACAUAUCUAUCUUGUAUCUUUAAAAAAUGAGGACUUGUAAAAAUCAAUAAGAAAAAAAAAAGAAGAAAAAAAAACACUGCCUUGUCAUGGGUUUGGUCUUAUGAAUAAAAUAUAU